AACUCACCCUGGGGAGAAAUCGUACAAAAACACUGAAUGUGAAAAGAGUUUCAGUGGGAGAAGAAAUCUGCGUUCACAUCAAAGAACUCACACAGGGAAGAAACCGUAUGAAUGCAUGGAAUAUGGAAAGAGUUUUAGUCAGAGUAGUGCCCUUAGGGUACAUCAAAGGACCCACACUGGGGAGAUACCACAUAAAUGCAUGGAAUGUGGAACGAGCUUUAGUUGCAGUGGUAAUCUUAGGUUACAUCAAAGGACACACACUGGGGAGAAACGACAUAAAUGCAUGGAAUGUGGAACGAGCUUUAGUUGCAGUGGUAAUCUUAGGUUACAUCAAAGGACACACACUGGGGAGAAACGACAUAAAUGCAUGGAAUGUGGAACGAGCUUUAGUUGCAGUGGUAAUCUUAGGUUACAUCAAAGGACACACACUGGGGAGAAACGACAUAAAUGCAUGGAAUGUGGAACGAGCUUUAGUUGCAGUGGUAAUCUUAGGUUACAUCAAAGGACACACACUGGGGAGAAACGACAUAAAUGCAUGGAAUGUGGAACGAGCUUUAGUUGCAGUGGUAAUCUUAGGUUACAUCAAAGGACACACACUGGGGAGAAACGACAUAAAUGCAUGGAAUGUGGAACGAGCUUUAGUUGCAGUGGUAAUCUUAGGUUACAUCAAAGGACACACACUGGGGAGAAACGACAUAAAUGCAUGGAAUGUGGAACGAGCUUUAGUUGCAGUGGUAAUCUUAGGUUACAUCAAAGGACACACACUGGGGAGAAACGACAUAAAUGCAUGGAAUGUGGAACGAGCUUUAGUUGCAGUGGUAAUCUUAGGUUACAUCAAAGGACACACACUGGGGAGAAACGACAUAAAUGCAUGGAAUGUGGAACGAGCUUUAGUUGCAGUGGUAAUCUUAGGUUACAUCAAAGGACACACACUGGGGAGAAACGACAUAAAUGCAUGGAAUGUGGAACGAGCUUUAGUUGCAGUGGUAAUCUUAGGUUACAUCAAAGGACACACACUGGGGAGAAACGACAUAAAUGCAUGGAAUGUGGAACGAGCUUUAGUUGCAGUGGUAAUCUUAGGUUACAUCAAAGGACACACACUGGGGAGAAACGACAUAAAUGCAUGGAAUGUGGAACGAGCUUUAGUUGCAGUGGUAAUCUUAGGUUACAUCAAAGGACACACACUGGGGAGAAACGACAUAAAUGCAUGGAAUGUGGAACGAGCUUUAGUUGCAGUGGUAAUCUUAGGUUACAUCAAAGGACACACACUGGGGAGAAACGACAUAAAUGCAUGGAAUGUGGAACGAGCUUUAGUUGCAGUGGUAAUCUUAGGUUACAUCAAAGGACACACACUGGGGAGAAACCACAUAAAUGCAUGGAAUGUGGAGAGAGUUUUAGUCAGAGUGGUCAGCUUAGAGUACAUCAAAUGACCCACACUGGGGAGAAACCACAUAAAUGCAUGGAAUGUGGAAAGACUUUUAGUCGCUGUGAUGCCCUUAGAUUACAGUGGUGCCCCGAUAGACGACAGCCUCGCUGA